AUGGCUGAAUCGUGGCAGGCUCCACCUAAACAGGGCCUGUACGACCCGCAGUUCGAAAGAGAAGCUUGUGGUGUCGGCUUCAUAGCUGCCAUUGAUGGCAAACGUCAGCACAAGAUCGUCCGUGAUGCGCAGCGCCUGGCUGUGUCUAUGAACCAUCGCGGAGCAUGCGCUUGCGACAAUGAUACAGGAGACGGUGCCGGCGUGCUCACUGCCAUUCCGCACGAUUUUUAUUCUGCUAAACUUAAGGAUGAAUACAACGUCCAACUCCCGUCUUUCGGCCAGUACGCUACUGGCAUCUUCUUCUUGGAUAAGCUGCACCACCAGGAAUCCGAGAAGAAAUUCGCAGAGCUGGCAGAGGAACUGGAUGUGUCCGUGCUGGCUUGGCGUACCGUACCAACCAACAAUUCCUCCAUAGGAGCCGUCGCAAAGAACUCUGAACCGUUCAUGAGACAGGUAUUUAUUUGUUUGAAAAAUUCAACGGACGAAGCGUUACAAGACAGAACGUAUUACAUUCUUCGCAAAAGGGCGAGCCACUUGAUUCCCGCUCCGGGAAAGCGCUUCUACAUUUGCUCGUUGAGCCGAAAAAUUGUAGUGUACAAGGGGCAACUGACGUCCGAUCAGCUGUGGAUCUACUUUCCGGAUUUGCUGGAUCCAAUGUACGAUACUUACUUGGCUUUGGUGCACACCAGAUUCUCGACGAACACGUUUCCCAGCUGGGAACGAGCCCAUCCCUUGAGAAUGCUGGCGCACAAUGGCGAGAUUAACACCUUGAGAGGUAACGUUAAUCUGAUGAAAGCUAGAGAGGGUGUGAUGAAGAACGAAGAGCUUGGUGAUAAACUCAAAACGCUCUACCCUGUGGUGGAACCCAAUUUAUCCGAUUCCGGUUCGGCCGAUUGCGUUUUGGAGUUUCUGGUGCACGCCGGAAACAGGUCCUUACCAGAGGCUGUGAUGACUAUGGUACCCGAAGCGUGGCAGAACGAUCCGACGAUGCCGAUAGAAAAACGCGACUAUUACCAUUGGGCGGCUUGUACUAUGGAGCCCUGGGAUGGACCUGCGUUGAUUUCUUUUACAGAUGGAAGGCUCGUCGGCGCGAUUUUGGACCGGAACGGUCUGAGGCCAUCGAGAUUUUACGUCACCAAAGACAAUAUUUUGAUUAUGGCAAGCGAGGUUGGUGUUUACGAUGUAGACCCCUCUCAAGUGGUACUGAAGAGCCGUCUAAAGCCAGGAAGAAUGCUGUUGGUUGAUACUCAAGAGAAAACCGUUAUUCAAGAUGUUACUUUGAAACAAGAAAUUGCGCAGUCCAGACCGCACUCAAUAUGGUUGAAAGAGCAGAGAUUUCAAUGGAAGAAUUGAGAAAGGCUCAUCUGGACGCUGGCAAACCGGCUAAGCCUAAAUACGAAACCAGCGGAUUAGGCGACAAGAGACUGCCUUUGUACGGAUACUCCACAGAGACCAUCUACAUGCUCCUGUUACCGAUGAUUAACAAUAAGAAAGAAGCCUUGGGUAGUAUGGGCAACGACGUCCCUCUAGCUUGCUUAUCCUCGUUCUCUCCGCUGUUGUAUGAAUACUUCAAGCAAUUAUUCGCCCAAGUUACCAACCCACCCAUCGACCCAUUCCGCGAGAAGAAUGUCAUGUCUCUACAAUGCCCCAUUGGUCCGGAGGACAAUAUUUUACAACCCAGUGCUAGACAAGUACACAGAUUAUGGCUGAGAAAUCCGAUAAUUUCAAUCCCAGAUCUUGACAUUUUGAAGAACACUACGCACAGAAACUGGAGCGCCCACGUGAUCGACAUCACUUUUCCAGUAGAAGAAGGCGUCCCCGGAUUUUUGAAAAAACUGCAGAGCAUUUGCGAGGAAGCCGAUGAAGCCUCCAACCGUCACCAAAUCAUCGUGCUAUCCGACCGUCUAGGAGGCAAAGACCGAGUACCUAUUAGCAGUUUGCUGGCUCUUGGAGCGACUCACCAUUACAUGAUCGAAGCGAGGUCCAGAAUGAAGGUGGCUUUGGUGGUGGAAACGGCCGAAGCUCGCGAAGUCCACCACAUUUGCGUACUGCUGGGAUACGGCGCGGACGCCAUAUGCCCCUACCUAGCCCUAGAACUGGCUUCCAGUCUUCGCGAUCAAGGCAUUCUGGACACGAACCUAACCGACGAGGGUAUUUUCCAAAAUUACGCCCAGGCGAUGAGCACUGGAAUCUGCAAGGUGAUGGCGAAGAUGGGAAUAUCUACCUUGCAGUCGUACAAAGGCGCCCAGAUUUUCGAAGCCGUCGGCUUGGCCGAGGACGUCGUAGACAAAGCCUUCAAAGGCACCCCGUCCAGAUUAGACGGCGUCAACUUGGAACUACUCGCAGCCGAGGCGUUGGAAAGGCAAGAGAACGCCUACAAAGUCAGCCCGGAUUCCCUCGUGCUCAGAGACGCCGGAAAUUACCACUGGAGAGCCGGCGGAGAGAAGCACUUGAACGAGCCCGGCAGCAUCGCGGCCCUACAGGAAGCGGCGGUCAACAACAACAAAACCGCCUACGAGAAAUUCAAAGAGUCCAACAUGGAGUCCGUUAAGAACAGCAUGUUACGCGGACGGUUCAUCUUAAGGACCCUAGACCAGCCGCUAUCGCUGGACGAAGUGGAACCCGCGUCGGAGAUAGUGAAGAGAUUCGCCACGGGCGCGAUGAGUUUCGGCUCCAUCAGCUUGGAAUCGCACCAAACGCUCGCUGUAGCCAUGAAUCGAGUGGGUGGAAAGAGCAACACGGGAGAAGGUGGCGAGGAUCCCGAGAGAUAUUUGAACAGCGAACGAAGGUCCGCGAUUAAACAAGUCGCUUCGGGCCGUUUCGGCGUCACUUCCUCUUACCUAGCCCACGCAGACGAUUUGCAGAUCAAGAUGGCCCAAGGAGCUAAACCGGGAGAGGGUGGAGAGCUGCCCGGCUACAAAGUCUCGACAGAGAUCGCCAAAACUAGGCACUCGGUGCCCGGAGUCGGACUCAUAUCUCCUCCGCCUCACCACGACAUCUAUUCGAUCGAGGAUCUGGCCGAGCUCAUCUACGACUUGAAAUGCGCGAAUCCUUCUGCUAGGAUUUCCGUGAAGCUGGUGUCGGAGGUUGGCGUGGGAGUCGUGGCGUCCGGCGUCGCCAAAGGCAAAGCCGAGCACAUAGUGGUGUCCGGACACGACGGCGGUACCGGCGCCAGUUCUUGGACUGGAAUCAAAAGCGCCGGUUUGCCGUGGGAGCUGGGCAUCGCUGAAACUCACCAAGUGCUGGUACUGAACGAUCUCCGAUCGAGAAUCGUGCUGCAAGCGGACGGGAACAUAAGAACUGGUUUCGAUGUGAUCGUCGCCGCUCUUCUGGGAGCCGACGAGAUCGGCUUCAGCACGGCUCCUUUAAUAGUAAUGGGCUGCACUAUGAUGAGGAAAUGCCACUUGAACACCUGCCCCGUGGGAAUAGCCACUCAGGACCCCGUGCUGAGGAAAAAAUUCACCGGGCAACCCGAGCACGUCAUCAACUACUUGUUCAUGCUCGCCGAAGAGGUCAGGCAACACAUGGCGAAUCUCGGCGUGCGCACUUACCAGGAGCUCGUGGGCCGCACCGAUUUGCUCAAAGAGGUCGAAACCGGCUCGCAAAAAGCCAAAUCCUUGAAUUUGAAUCUUAUCCUUCAAAACGCCCUUCACAUGAGGCCCGGGGUGAACAUUAAAGGAGGCUCGGUGGCGGCGGAUUUCCAGCUCGAGCAACGGCUCGACAACGUUUUGAUCGAAAAAGCCAAGCCUGUUAUUGACGGUGCUCAGAAGACGGUGGAUAUUGAAUUGAAAAUCCACAACGAAGCCAGAGCGUUUGGUUCCACUUUAAGCUACCACAUAUCUUGCAAGUACAACGAGGAAGGUUUGCCUGAUGGCAGUCAAAUCAACAUAAAGCUUACUGGAUCAGCAGGCCAAAGCUUCUGUGCAUUUUUAGCUAAAGGUAUAAACGUAACUUUAGAGGGUGAUGCUAACGAUUACGUAGGCAAAGGCUUAUCCGGUGGAUCAGUGGUGAUUUACCCGCCGAAAACCUCUCCAUUCGAAUCGCACUUGAACGUAAUCGUCGGUAACGUGUGCUUGUACGGAGCGACUUCCGGAAGAGCCUACAUGCGAGGUAUCGCUUCUGAACGAUUUGCAGUCAGAAACUCCGGAGUUACCGCGGUGGUCGAAGGUGUCGGCGAUCACGGUUGCGAGUACAUGACGGGAGGAGUAAUUCUAAUUCUAGGCCUCACUGGAAGAAAUUUCGCCGCUGGUAUGUCGGGCGGCAUCGCCUACGUGUGGGACGUGGACGGCAAGUUCUCGAUGAGGUGCAACAUGGAGAUGGUGGAACUCUGCAAAUUGGAGGACAAAGAAGACGUGGAGCUCGUGAAGUCUCUUUUGAACGAGUUCCGCGAGCUCACCGGCAGCAUCGUCGCCGAGAAGCUCAUAAACGAGUUCGACGUACGCCGACAGGAGUUCGUAAAGGUGUUUCCAUACGAGUACCAAAGAGCGUUGAAGCAAAAAACCGCGGACACGCCGGUCGUGCAGAACAACACCGCCGAACCGAAGAUUCUGGACAUCGAAGAUGCAAUUGGAGACGCCGCUCAAGAACAGAAGAAAGCCGAGCGAGCUCUCGACAAAGUUAAAGGUUUCAUGAAAUACCCCAGGGAAACGGCUCCCUACCGCCCCGCCGACAAACGCAUGAAGGAUUGGGACGAAAUCUACAACUUCCCGCACGUACGCAAAGGAUUGCGAGUACAAGCGGCGAGAUGCAUGGAAUGUGGCGUUCCGUUCUGCCAAUCCAAUUCGCACGGUUGCCCGCUGGGCAACAUCAUUCCCAAGUGGAAUCUCCUGGUGUUCCAGAACCAAUGGAGGCAAGCGCUGCAACAUCUUCUACAAACCAACAAUUUCCCAGAGUUCACCGGGAGAGUGUGUCCUGCGCCUUGCGAAGCCGCUUGCGUGUUAGGAAUAUCUGAGCCUAGCGUGACCAUCAAGAACAUCGAGUGCUCGAUCAUCGAUCACGCCUUCGAAAACGGCUGGAUCGUGCCUCAGAUACCCACCGAGCGUACGGGAAAGCGAGUAGCAGUCGUCGGAGGAGGACCAGCCGGCAUGGCUUGCGCGAACCAGCUCAACAAAGCCGGCCAUUCCAUCACAUUGUUCGAAAGAAACGAUAGAAUCGGAGGUUUGCUACAAUACGGCAUCCCUACGAUGAAGCUCAGCAAGCAGGUGGUACAGAGGAGAGUGGAUUUGCUCGCUGCCGAAGGGAUCGUCUUCAAGACGAACGUCAACGUUGGCAAGGAUAUAUCGGCGAAGGAAUUGAGCGAGGAGUACGAUGCUGUCGUGCUCACCACCGGAGCAACGUGGCCUAGAGACUUGCCUCUUCCAGGUCGUCAAUUUGGAGGAAUCCACUUCGCCAUGGAGUUCCUGGAGAGCUGGCAGAAGAAGCAAAUGGGCGCCAACUUCGAAGGGCCCCACGCCAAAGAUAAAAAUGUGAUAAUAAUCGGCGGUGGUGAUACAGGCUGUGAUUGUAUAGCGACGUCGCUGAGACAGGGCGCCGCGUCCAUAACCACGUUCGAAAUACUGCCGGAGCCGGGGCCGAAGAGGUCCAACGACAACCCCUGGCCGCAGUGGCCGCGGGUGUUCAGGGUCGAUUACGGGCACGAGGAGGUGAAGGUGCGCUUCGGGUCCGAUCCGAGGGUGUUCAGCAUCAUGACGCAGGAGUUCCUCGACGACGGCAAAGGGCACGUGAGCGGGAUUAAGACCGUCAAGGUGGAGUGGGUGAAGGACGACGCCGGUAGGUGGGUGAUGAACCAGGUGCCCGGCACCGAGAAGGUCUACAAAGCGGACUUGGUGCUGCUCGCGAUGGGUUUCUUGGGCCCGGAGAGAGCCAUCGGGGACCAGUUGCAACUCACUUUGGAUCCCAGGUCUAAUUUCGAUACCAAAAACUACAAGACCAACGUGGCGAAUGUAUUUGCUGCAGGAGAUUGUCGCCGAGGACAGUCGCUGGUGGUCUGGGCCAUAUCUGAAGGUAGACAAGCAGCAAGAGCGGUGGACGAGUUCUUGAAGUGCGAAAGAUCGCUCCUGCCGGGUCCAGGUGGUAUUAUUCAGCCUUCCUUCCAGACAGUACCGUGUCCAGUGUGA